AUGUCCUCCCGCAUCUCCAGUCGAGUGGGCGCACAUCCUGCGGCGGAGACCAAGCCGUCUUUUUCAAUCUCGCGGCUUUCGAGAAUACCAACCGCAUCUAAUACUGGCACCGCAGCCCCGAGAACGCAGAUUCCCAAAGCCGUGCCUUUAAACUCCAAGUGCGGGAGGGGUGUUAGUGCAUCAGAAAGCGCAGAGUCCGGGCUUAAUGCGCAAUCUGUUGACCCGAAAAUGCCUACCGGCCCGCCUCAUACUUUAGUCCUAGAUGUUCCGCCGCUACCGCGCACAGCAUAUUCAUCAUCAAAUAACAAGGUGACGGUGCAAUCUCAAUUGGCUUCUCCGGCUUUGACUUCGUCGGUAUCUCAGAAACCAACCCUAUCAAGAAAGCCUCCGUCGAUUGAACGGUAUGCCGAGCGGAGUAAGUCACGAUUGCCUUCUCUGAAACGUUUCCCGGGUAUCGAAAAAGGAAAUACAGAGGGAUUUUCGAAAUCAUCGACCAAGACACACAUACAACAAGCACAAACGCAACCCCCGGUAACACCUGUUGAAACCCGAAUCGAUACCAAUCCUCCUGUUAUUCCUGAGUUUUCCGGUCUUUCAACGAGUAUAGGGCCUUUACACCUUCCCCCUCCAACCCCCAACUUCACUAGCAGCCCUUCAACGAGAUGUUCAGACUCACCGGGGCCUUGGAGUAGCAGGACAUCCACCCCCACGUCAUUAUCCUCCUACUCACCUGGACUCACCCACCCCUCCAAGAUUGGAUCUCGUCUAAGACAACCCAGUCCAUCGCUAUUCCGUGUCCAUCCCACUCCUUAUCAUGUGUCUGGCGCAUCUUAUCCGGGCGCGACGAAAGAUGCCCCCUCUUUUCCAAAAUCCCCUCAACGAGCCCAAACGGAACCAGCUCAAAUAACAGGGUCGAAACUCCCAACAAAACACCAUCUUCAACCGGCAAAUAAGGUGAAAACUGAAGCACUGCGUUGCCCUUCGCCAUCUCCGACGCCCGCCUCUAAGGGACCGGUACCGAAACCAUAUAGUAAGGUGGAUGUUGCAACCUAUAGACAAGAGAAUAUGAACGCUGAAGCGCGGAAUAAAUGUCUUCAGAAGGUUAGCAAAGUCGAGGACGUUCGUAUACCUCCAUCCAAACCUCCAGCGAGACCUACACGCACAGGUACCGAGGGCCUAGGACUCCAAUCCUCUCCAGUUAUUCACAGCAACCUUUCCUCAUCGAAGCUGGCUGGACACAAGCGCCAAGAUUCUGCGGAGGGCGGUUUUCGAUUUAAAGCAGUAGGAAACGCAGUGUCUCGAGAUAUGUCAACCGACUCCUUCCAACCAAAAACCUCGUCUCGGAUCCCCCACCUUUCUCCUUCACCUAAUACAUUUGAUAGGACUGAUUCUCGUUCCCCUACUCCUAGGCAUUCGAGCCGCUCGGUCUCAAGAAAAAGGUCAGUCCUUGUCAAAGAGCCCAAGGAAAAGGACGUCAAAGCGGAGGCCACUGAUAGUGGAGGGAGACGUUUUGGUUUCUUUUCAAAGAAGUCGAGGGCGUCCCCUGAGCCAUCUCGGUUAGAACAGGCGGACAGGCAAGCCCGCAGGGGACCUGCCGCUGGUACUGGACACGAGGGGUAUGGGAGAUAUGCUCAGCGUGGACGAAGGACCAGCAUAGGAAGCAAUGCGAGUCGCGCCGGUUCUACAAGCACCAAUGGCUCCUUGGGUAUCGCCAGUCGAACCCAUGCUGAUAUUGACGACUUCCUGUUGGAUCGCUUGGAACCGGUAAUAAUCACAGGUGGUGGAAUGGACUGUGCGAACUUGACUCGAACCCGCAGUGAACAGAGCAUUGGUGUAUUAAGUGUCGCGUCAACUGCAAGUUCAAGCACACCUCGACAAUCUACGAAGUUUUAUGGUCAGUUUCCAGAGUCUCUCCUUUCCUCGACCGGACGGUUGGUCCAUUCCCCGGAGCCCAUGAGUGCUAUAUCGACCACAUCUCUUUCUACGGCGCAAGGUGACUAUAAUUCGAAGUCGACCACCGAAAAACGCCUCUCAUUUCGCAAACGUAGCUUUUUCAGUAAGGGUAAUGCUAAUGAGCCUCUAUCCAUUCCUCCGGAAGUUUCGAGGUUAGCACCACCCAUUGACGUUCCCAACGCUCAUCGCUCGUCGAUGUCACAACCUGAUGUAUCUUCUUUGGCAAAAGAAGACGAAGGGAAGGACAUCAAGGUGCUGAAGAAACUGCAAAAGCCUGGAAAGUGGAAUUUUUUCCAGAGAAGCCAUCAGCUACGCCGAAAGGACCAUUUUACUGAAACCGAUCUUGCAUCUAUUACAAAACUUCCAGUGUCGGUGUCCAAUAUUCCCGCUUCACGGACAGUGCCCCAUUAUGCCCUUCUGGAUAGUGACUCAGUCGAAUCAGAUGCUCUUGAGGAUAUUCUUAACCAUAUAGAAGAAUCUCCGCAAUCAGAGGAGGAAUUUCAUAAUAUUUCAGCUAAAAUGGAUCUCAAAAGGCAACAAUCGGUCUUACUUCCUGCACCGCCUGUCGGUCUGACCGAAUAUACAUCUGAUAGACGUCCAUCAUCGCCCAGGGUAUUUUUUGACAAGGAUGUAUCCACUGUUAUGCCAGAAACAAUGCCCAAAUCGAGUGGGUCAACACGGCUCAAAUCGGUGGGCAGAAUACCUGCAGUGAUACCUAGAGGAAACAGGCAACAUAAGCCUCCGCCGCAGUCGUUUUCUCGUCCGUUUAGUCGAGCCGAUAUGCCGUCGAUCGCAGCAAGGUCAGAUGUCAAGCCUAGUACGCCUCAUCACAAUAUGUCAUUCUCUUCUAUGCCAGCCCCAGUUCCACAGCCAGCAGUGUGUGAAACACUAGACACUUCCAAGUUCUCUUCUCUUCCCGGCAUCGGAUAUUCACAGGGCUUACCUACCACCUACCCUGAAUUUUUGGUUCUCUCCCCGAGAAAAAAUUCUGAAAUUUCCGAAACUAGUACCGAAAGCCUCAAAAGCCUCAAGGCCAUAACCGCCAUCAUGCCUAUCCCGGGAUCUAAGUUAACAGAAGAUGAGGUCUGGGACGAAUAUGACGAUUUCAUCGAUAAAGUUCUGAUUUCUCCUCCGCAAAAUGUGAAAGGCAUUUAUUCCCCUCGAAAUUCUUUCAGGAUGGCCACACGAGCGAGUAAAGCACUUCAGGCAGGCUUGAACGCGACCACAAUGAAUUCGAGGUUGUCAUGUCAGUCAGACUGUUCUUCAGCAAGCACACAAACCUCUGUGCACCUAAGCCGCUCCAUGAUACUCUCGGGAUUGCACUCGUCCUCCAUUGCUCCGUCCACCCCUGUUUCUCUCGGCGAAUUGUAUUCUGGCUAUGCCGAAAGCGAUAAGAGUGUCAUUGAUUCGGCAAUACUGGAUGUUCCACCUCUCGGAGCUUCCAAAUGUGUUCAAGCCUCGGGGGGCGAUAAAGCGCAAACAAACGAGCUUGGUCGUCGGAAGAACGCUGCUCUCCUAGAUCUCGCGGAGCGUGAACGACUUGGUGCUCUUGCACAAGCAAACUUGCGUUCGGGAUCCUUGAUGACUAGUCGCUGGUUAUCAUUUGGUCGGGUGCUUUUCAGUCCUGCACAGAAUCACGUCCGGACUGAGGACCAGUCUCGCAUCCUUGUCAUUGAUGGCCUUGGUAACGAUGAUUGGUCUUUUUACUGUUCCUUAACUUACCCCAAAGCCACGGUUUACAAUCUUAGUGUUCUGCCUUGUGGUCCAACCAGCAGCAAUCCCGCUGCUUGGGAUCCUCCGACCAACCAUCGCUCUGUUCACCACGCCAAUUUUGAAAAUCCGUUCCCUUUUCCUAAAGGAUUUUUCACUGUUGCAAUAUUGCGCUUUCCGGCGGCGUGCUCGGAAGUUGGGUUGAAAAAUGCAAUUUUUGAGUGCAAGCGCGUUCUUCGCACUGGUGGUUACUUAGAGAUGAGCAUCCUAGACCUGGACAUGGUCAAUAUGGGAAGUCGAACUCGAAAGGCAGUCCGAAAUCUUAAGGAGCGUAUGUUUUCCGCCGAUUCUAGCGUCAGUCUCAAGCUAGCUAGUGACAAUAUUCAGCGGCUGCUUGGAAAACGAGGAUUUCAGAACCUCAACCGUUGCACAGUUGUGGUUCCUGUUGCAGGUACAAUAAUGAAAUCCUCGGAUACAUCGAAUUCUAGUCGCUCAACAGCUCCUAGCAGCAUGGAUACACCUAACGACUCGCUUCCGCCUCGUUCAGCGUCUACAAUAUCGGAAAGUCAAAGCCGUAUAAGACCUCCUUCAGACGAUGUCAAUGUCUCUCUUGGCGAUCUUCUAUCAGAUCCAUCGCCAUCGGCUGCAAAUGAUGAAGAUAUCGCCAAGAUGGUUGCCAAAGUUGGACGCUGGUGGUACACUCGCUGUUAUGAGACGUCUGUACUGCCAGAGGGAAAUCUCGAUGGCAGCAUUUGGGCAGAUCAUCGGCUUUUGCGUGAGUGUCAAAGACGUGGCACUGGAUUCAAGUUAUUGAUUGCCUAUGCCCAAAAGCCGAGCGAAGUGACACGACGGACAGUGAGUGUGUAA